CGCCAAAAAGUCGCUUUCCUGCCUCUCAGAAAGUUUCCGUUUCUUUUCACUUCCGUCAAUGAUUCAGGUUCUGAAACUCAGUUCGACUUCCAGACUUUCUAUACUCUGCACAUCAUAUAUAUAUAUACGAGUUUGUGUUCAUCUACAAGCUCAUAUUGUAUCUAUCUAUUCAGUCGUCGGUGGUACAAGUAUCAUCGGAAAUUCCCAGAUUCAAUUCUUUGGUUGUGCAAUUGGAUUGCCUUUCUUGGAUGAGUUGCAGCAAAAAGGGAGCUAGUUUUGAGGUUGGAGUGUUUCCUGUCAGUAAAUGUAUUUGGAUCAUGCUGACUGGAUAACAGAUGUUCAUGGCGAUUGGAGGAGGGGGUUUCUUCUCUUCUUCAGCUUCUGGGUGUAACAAGGGACUUGCCUUUCUUCUGUUGCGCCAGAAAACUGGAGAAAAGCCUAUGAGAGUUACUCCGUGUAAUCAGUUCGAGUUGGCGGACAAAGAAACCAAUUCUGAUCUCCAGCUGGCUUCCUGCAAGAGCACAUUUGUCCGCAGUUGCGCUUCCUUAGUCUGCUUUGGGCGGGCCUCUGCUACUGAACAUGACAAUCCAUCACCCUGUUCCCCUUCUGUGAAGGCAAAGGAUCAAACACAUUCCUCUAGUCCUGUGAAAGAAGGGAUUGCAUCUGCCCAGAAUGCCCUUAGGAGUAGCUUAAAGAAAAAAGCAAAUAUCACAAGAUCUUCUAGUGAAAGUGGUAACGAAUGUGGGGAAAUAGGAGAUCAGAGUAACGUUGGAUUAGGUCCUACAGGGAAGAGGAAAGUACAGUGGACUGAUACAUCUGGUGGAGAACUUUUUGAGGUUCGGGAAUUUGUGCUGAGUGAGGAAGAUGACUCAGACAAUGACUUUGACAGCAAGAGCCUGAGGAGUUGUUCCUGCAAGAUUAUGUAGUUUGUAUUUUAAUGAAUGAAUGAUCAAUUUGCAUUCUUUUUGUUGACUAAUCUUAUUUGUGUUUGUUUGUAUUCGAUCUGCUCGAGUGACAUGCUUUGUUACUUGGCUUUCUUAGUGUUAUCUGUAUGUCUGUAUUUACAUCAUAUAUAACCAUAUUUAGAAGAGAAAACCCUCUUUUUGUCCUAUGAGUAUAAAUCCUAGUGGAAGACCAAAUAUUUUGAUGGAAAAAAUAAAUAAAA